GUGGGUAUGUACAUUGGAGAGAUGUGCCGUUAUAUUAUGGCCACACCCUGCAAACCAGAAGAUUCAAAACACUGUAUUCGCAUGAUGUUAGGCAAUGGCAUGCGAUCAACCAUCUGGAAAAGCUUCAUGGAACGAUUCAAAAUUGGACAGGUUGCAGAAUUUUAUGGCUCCACCGAGGGAAAUGCAAAUAUGAUAAAUCCUGAUGGCCAGAUAGGUGCUGUUGGAUGUUUCCCUCGAUGUGUGCCACGAUCACUCUUGCCCAUUGAUCUGAUUAGAGUGGAUCCAAAUACAAACAUUCCAAUUCGGGACAAGAGAGGGCUGUGCAUCCAAUGUGAUGCUGGUGAACCAGGAAUGCUUGUAGGCUUGAUCUCAUCAUCUAAUGCAGUUCGAGAUUUCCAUGGCUAUGUCGAUAAAAAGGAUUCAUCAAAAAAAAUUCUUCAUAAUGUAUUCAAAAGGGGAGAUAAAGCAUUCUUAACUGGUGACCUUCUGGUUAUGGAUGAAUAUGGAUACAUAUAUUUCAAGGACAGAACAGGAGAUACUUUCAGGUGGAAAGGUGAAAAUGUUUCAACUGCAGAGGUGGAAUCUGUAAUUAUAAAUGUAAUUGGUCUCAAAGAUGUAGCAGUUUAUGGUGUGCAGGUUCCUGACCAGGAAGGAAGAGCUGGAAUGGCUGCCAUUGCAGACCCUAACAACACCCUGGAUAUCAAAUCCCUUGCUAAUGGUCUUGAAAAAACUCUUCCAUCAUAUGCUCGACCAAUCUUCAUUAGAGUGCUCGAGAAAAUGGACAUUACAGGAACAUUCAAGAUUAAGAAAAUUGAAUUACAGGAAGAUGGAUUUGACCCUUCUAAAAUCAAAGACAAGCUUUAUGUACGUUCUGGGAAGGAAUAUGUGCCUCUGACCUCACAGCUCUAUCAGGACAUCCUGAAAGGUGCAAUAAAAAUAUGACCAAGAAAAUAUUUUGUUAGUUGCAUACUUUAUGGCAGUUAUUCUUAAAAGAGUAUAGUCUGCGAGAAUUUUAGGAUGUGUACAAGCUCAGCGUCCUCCCCCCCCACGAUUUUGAGAGAGAAGCCAAAACUGAAAAAGAAAAUUAAGGUAAAAUACUAGAAAUUCAAAACAAAAAAUAUUCUUCUAUCCUGAAUACUCUAGGGCAGUUAGGAUAACCAGUCUUAAAUGUAUGCAAACCUUCCAGCCUCCUUCUCCAAUUUCUCAUCUUUCCCAUGCAUUCUACAUUCCAACCCAUCUCAUCCUCCUUGAUUUCAACAUAAUAGUAAUAAUAAUAAUAAUAAUAUUUGGCAAAGCAUACAAACUAUGAAGCUUCUCAUUGUGCAUAAUUAUGAGGCAUCAUACCAGUUCUAUGUUAUGCUAAACUCUAUAAAAUGUCAUGAUUUGUAAUUUUUUAUGCCAGCUUUAAUGCCUCUGAAAACUUUAAAACUAAUUCCUCAACAGUGGGAACAUUGCCCAGUCUCCAUACAUAAUGAAGCUGAGUGCAUUAUGCUGUCAUUGUCCCUCACAUGACCCAUGCUCUAUGUAACAAAUUACUUUUACAGAAAUCUGUUUGUAUGACUGAUCAUGCUAGUGAAAAGAAUGUUUAUUACUGAUGACCUUGGAGGCCAGAGUCUGAAAUGCUACUACCACAGUACACAGUAAUUUUACUCCACAAUUUUAUCUGACCCAUGUUCAUUUGGCCAUAACUCAACAGGCUUAAGUUCAGUGGCACUCUAGGUUAACUGUUCAGGCACAGUACUUUAUUCCAUACUUUUUCAUCAGUACUUUUACAUGAAUGCUGGAAAACUGCUCUGUCCACCUGAGUUCAUUCUUCUUAAUUAACAAACUGUUAGAAUCUGGACUAUGGAAACAGUAACAAUUAUAACAUAUGCUACCUAACAAAUGGUGCAUUACAUCUGCACUCAGACAGAAGUCUUAUUAGCAUAGCUACAUUUUUAAGAAGAAACAGAUGCAUAAAUUGGUAAAUAUGCCCAUUUCAGCUCUUACAGGUUACUGGUAAAAUAAAAAGCUCUUCUUAGAUCUAAUGUGAAGUCUGUCAAGUGAUGUCUCCUAUGGAGGAUUAAUAGCUUACAUACAAUGAAGAACUGGUAAAUAAAACUGUUUUGCUUUAAUUUUUCUUGAAGGGAAGUGGAAUAAGACAAUAGUGUUGAAAGACAUUGCCAUGAGUUAUGCUCAAUUUUCUUUACAAAUUUUACAAAAUGAAGAACUGAUCAUAUUUGAAUUCAGAAACUUUUCAGUUCAGCCAUAUAAGAUAUUAACUCAAACUACUGUUAAUCAUUUACCAUCCUAAACAUUAGUUUCACCAUUCCAUAUAUUUUUCCCAGUGUUAUAAACUAAGACUUGUCAGUUAUUUGUAUUCAUAAUAUGCUGAUCUUGUUUUAGUAUACAUUUCAUAAAUAAACUGUAGAAUAGUAUUUAACUCUAUCUAAACCUGUAUAAUUCUCGAGUACCAAGUAACAUACAACAUCUUGUAAGAAGAAAAAAAGAAAAAGAAGAAGGUAAAGUAAAGCUAUCCCUGUAACAGGCCAUGAAGGCCCAUAGGGUUGU